AUGAAGGGCAAGUUGGUGGCCGAUGGGGUCAUGUCUUACGUCGCCGCCGUAUCCUCCGUCGUCCAGGCGGAAGCCAAGCUUGCAGGCAUCUGGGCCAAGGAUCCUACCCGCCAGAUGUGGCCUCUGAAUAGGGCUCGGCAUGGGCCUGCUCAAGAUGAGGUGGGGAUCAGCGCGACCAAACAGAACUAUAAGGGCCGGAUGGGACACCCCCUGGCGCAUACCUAUCUGACCAGUUGUGCUGUUGUGGCUACGAGUGCGGUCGCAGGGAAGCCAAAGAGUUGCGGCCCAAACUCUUCCUCAGCCACUAGCUUGCCUUCAGAUCCAAAUUGUCGAUCACCCCAAGCCAACAAGAAUUUUGUCUACUUCGAAAGCAGAAGACCAGAUGACAAAUAUACCUAUCACGACGACAUUUCGCCGGAGGGAAAAGCAGCAGUUGUGAUGGAGAACUACGACCGCUUGUUUGCUGAGACUGUACGGCACUUGUACCCCUCUCCUUCCACGGGAACCCUUCCAGUACCCACAGACAAGAGCCAUACCACCCGCGCCCAGCAGAGCCGGAUGACCAAAACCGGUGUCAUCCUCGUCGUUGGACAUAAAUUUGGCACUGGCUUGUCCCGCAAACAGGCCGCCACAGCGCUUAGAAACACUGGGAUCUCACUGGUGAUUUCAGCCACUUUUGGCAAAAUCUGGAAAAGAAAGUGA